UGAAGAAAGUUGCAAGGUCAAGCCCGCCCGCAUUCCUUUCUAUAAAAACACAGUUAAUCUCAGUUAGAGUCAUUCAAGUCACCCAUUGUGAAUUGUGGAAUUUCAAAAGCCUUUUUUUUUUUUUUCUGGUUUCCCCCAUAUACAGAUACAAAUAUGUUACGAUACAACCGAAGCAAUUCGGCAAUUACUUGCUGCUUCGCUAUAACUAAGGGGAGGAGAGGAAAGCAUCAAUCAUCCAAAAACAAAGAGGCAUUGGGUCUCUCCAAAUCUUGCCUUUUCAUUAAUGGCGGAUCUCAAGUCAGCAUUUCUCAAAGUGUAUCCACAGUUCAAAUCGGAUCUUCUUCAGGAUCCUGCUUUCGAGAUUACUCAUGAUUCCCGUCAAUGGGUUGAUCGGAUGCUGGACUACAAUUUGCUUGGAGGGAAGCUGAAUCGUGGACUCUCUGUAAUUGAUAGCUACCAGCUGUUGGACGAAGGAGAAGAAUUGACUGAAGAUGAGAUUUUUCUCGCAAGUGUUCUCGGUUGGUGUAUUGAAUGGCUUCAGGCAUAUUUUCUUGUUCUUGAUGACAUAAUGGAUAACUCUCACACUCGUCGUGGCCAUCCUUGUUGGUUUAGAGUGCCCAAGGUUGGUUUGAUUGCUGUAAAUGAUGGUGUUCUACUUCGCAAUCACAUUUGCAGGAUUCUCAAAAUUCACUUUCGUGGGAAACCUUACUACAUUGAUCUGCUAGAUUUAUUUAAUGAGGUUGAGUUUCAAACUGCGUCAGGACAGAUGAUAGAUCUGAUUACAACACUUGAAGGGGAAAAAGAUCUAUCCAAAUACUCAUUGUUGCACCACUGCCGCAUUGUUCAGCACAAGACUGCUUAUUAUUCAUUUUAUCUUCCUGUUGCUUGUGCACUGGUUAUGUCAGGUGAGAAUCUUGAUAACCACAUCGAUGUGAAGAACAUUCUUGUUGAUAUGGGAAUCUACUUUCAAGUACAGGAUGAUUAUUUGGAUUGCUUCGGUAAUCCUGAGACCAUUGGUAAGAUUGGAACUGAUAUUGAAGAUUUUAAGUGCUCUUGGUUGGUGGUCAAGGCAUUGGAAGUCUGCAACGAGGAGCAGAAGAUAGUAUUAUAUGAGCACUACGGGAAAGCAGACCCUGUCGAUGUUGCUAAAGUAAAGGCUCUAUACAACGAGCUUAAUCUCAAGGUUGCAUUUGAGGAGUAUGAAAGCAAGAGCUAUGAGAAGCUGAUAAGCUCAAUCGAAGCUUAUCCUAUCCAAGCAGUACAAGCAGUAUUGAAGUCCUUCUUGGAGAAGAUUUACAAGAGGUAGUUCUCAAGUUUGCAAAGAAACAAAUGAAGUUGGGAUGAUGUCUACCAUUCGUAGUCUUGUAUGGUCAUUUGUAUUCAAGCUUUUAUAAUUGGCAGAUAAAUCAAUCUUAUUGUAGUCUAUUCCAGCAAACAUUUAGUGCUCCUGGAUGGAUUCUGGUUUUUUGGAUUUAAUAAAUGAAGUUCAUUCGCGGCCAAAUUGAAAAACUGAAAAUUUUUUUGUUUUAUAUAGAUUGUGAUUAUUAGUAGUAAAUACUUAA